AUGGACGCUGGGCUGUUGCGCGUUGCCCUCGUCCUCAUCGCCGCUGCCGCGACCUGGGCGGCGGCCCUAGACGACCCGGCGGGGCUUCUGCGACGGGCCAAGGAGGCGGAGUUCAUGGACUGGAUGGUGGGGGUGCGCCGGCGGAUCCACGAGAACCCUGAGCUCGGCUACGAGGAGUUUGCCACCAGUGAGCUCGUGCGGCGCGAGCUCGAUGCCAUGGAGAUCCCCUACAGGCACCCCUUCGCGGUCACCGGCGUCGUCGCCACCGUCGGCACAGGCGGCCCGCCCUUCGUCGCGCUUCGGGCCGACAUGGACGCGCUCCCUAUGCAGGAAAGCGUGGAAUGGGAACAUAAGAGCAAAGUGCCUGGGAAGAUGCAUGGAUGUGGCCAUGAUGCACAUGUUGCUAUGCUAUUGGGUUCUGCUAAGAUUCUUCAGGAGCACCGUGACAAGUUGAAGCCAGCUGAGGAAGGUGGUGGUGGAGCCAAGAAAAUGGUAGAAGCCGGAGCUGUGGUAAACAUAGAGAUCAUGUUUGGACUUCAUGUAGCUGACAGUGUGCCGAUUGGUGUGCUGGCAUCCAGACCUGGGCCUAUAAUGGCAGGGAGUGGAUUCUUUGAGGCAGUAAUAAGUGGAAAGGGAGGGCAUGCUGCACUUCCUCAUCACACUAUUGAUCCGAUACUGGCUGCAUCCAAUGUUAUUGUAAGCCUUCAGCAACUUGUUUCCCGAGAAGCUGACCCCUUGGACUCACAGGUAGUAACGGUUGGAAAGUUUCAAGGUGGUGGAGCCUUCAAUGUUAUCCCUGAUUCCGUGACAAUAGGUGGUACCUUCCGAGCCUUUUUGAAGGAGAGUUUUAAUCAAUUGAAGCAGCGAAUUGAAGAGGUCAUAGUCACACAGGCAUCUGUCCAGCGCUGCAGUGCAGUUGUGGACUUCCUUGACAAAGAUAAGCCUUUCUUCCCUCCAACAAUCAACAAUCCCGAGCUUCACGAUUUCUUUGCGAAGGUGGGCAGUGAGAUGGUUGGCCCCAACAACGUGAGAGAGAAGCAGCCACUGAUGGGUGCCGAGGACUUCUCCUUCUACACCGAGGCCGUUCCCAAGACAUACUACUACUUCGUGGGGAUGCUCAACGAGACUCGUGGACCGCAGGCGCCUCAUCACUCCCCCUACUUCACCAUCAACGAGGAUGCACUGCCCUAUGGUGCAGCCAUGCAAGCAUCAUUGGCUGCUCGCUAUCUGCUUGAGCACCAGCCCGCUACCGCUGCUAAGGUGGAACCUCGUGACGAGCUGUAG